AUGGGUGGCAAAGUGACAUUCGCAGUGUCAACGCCCUGUAAUAAAAGGGGCAAACCCUCAGGUCAUCGGUUAAUUGCAUUCAAUGACGAUAAAUUGUCGGUGAUCCCACAAGAGGUUAGCAAUGUGAGAGCUGAUACUGAAGUUAACGUGCAGGCAUUUUGUUAUCUGAAACCUGAGAAUAGAGGAAUUGUGCCGGAGGACGUGAAUUCAGGAAUUCUUGAUUCAUCAGAUUACAUGUUACUAGCCAAAUCAAAUGGAUUUAUUGAAAUAAUUCAGGACUAUAGAUACAAGGUGGAAAACAAUUUACCACUAGAGACAAAAUUUUUAUUAAAAUGUACACCAGAAGAUUUUUCAGAUUAUGGUUCUGACUGUACGAUUGCAGGUCUAGAGUACAGAGAGGGACUAUUAUACUGUUGUAUGUGUUCUGGUAGAAUUUACAUCUACAUAUUGAAUCUGCCCUAUGAUUAUGCGCAAAGUCAAAAUGCAUCCAUAGUAUCUCCCAAGACAGAUCCACUAUAUUCUAGCCAUUUUUACGGAUCCACCUCACAACCAAGUAGGGAACCGCAGUCGAUGGAAGAGGCUACUUUCUUUUUGAAUAUGAAAUUUACUGGCAGAUCCAGACUAAAACACGUUUGUUAUUAUCUGCUACCGAUAGAGCCUGAGCAUUUAAGACUAUCACCAUCGAUGUUCCUAUUCAGUAGGGUUUAUCAAGGUAAGCUCAUCUACAAACCUUCUAUGUAUGUGCAAUUAGAUCAAGGUGUCUCAGGAUUUCGGACAAACCCAUUGGAUCGAUUCAGUUUCUUAACAAUUUUACCGCGAUCACCACUGAUGAUUCGUAAAAUAAUGUUACCAAUGGUUUAUGUUGAUUUUUUCGUUACAUUUAUUAGCAUAAAGAAGAGAGUCCAACAGACAAAGGCAGAAGAGGUUACAUCUUGGAAUCAAUUAGCCAAAGAAAUGGGCUACGAUUCACUAGUAAGUUGGGUCAUAUCAGAGCCACUACAUGAGGUGGAUAACUUGGGAUCAGUAGCAUGGGAAGAUUUAGCCCGCUGUGAUGGAAUUUCCGUUUUAAGAACUAUUAUCGUAUGGAUACAGCGACAAGGCCAUGCAAAGGAUGAUAUUUAUGAAUUAUUCCAUAGAAGUGAUUUAGUUGGUAGUAAUUCUAGCAGUAGAAGCACAAGCAAUGAACCAAGGCCGUUGAGUCGAAGAAGAAGAUCUUCCAGAUUUGGAUUACAACGAUCGGGUACCAUAAGGGAGCCAAUAGAUGUACCGUGCUCCACCAAUUGGGGGUUAGAUCUAUUCAUCAGAGAUGUGAGGAAAAACACUUUUACGGUGGAUUUUGGAAUCGUACAGUCGAAUUUCGACUCUAACUGUAAUGAUGAUGGUUCACAACCGGAAAGAGAAGAAGGUACAAGGACAUCAUUUUUAACAGACAAUUAUAAAAACAUGGAUAUCAUUUGCGUUGAUCAUUAUUUAUCACUUAGUGUUUUCAGACCCAAGUAUUUCGAUGAAGCAUUGACGAAAAUCGAUUCUUUCCACAACGUCAUUGAAGAUGAACCUACAAGCAAUAUUAGUGUUGAAGAUAACAUGAUGAAAAGAACCUUGUCCAAUUUAAAUUCUUUUAAAAAACUUUUCAUGCUGACAGAUUCCCUUUGUAUGGUUUUAGAUACUAGCGGUGUCAUACUUUUGGAUAGACGUAGCCUUUUGGAUACAAAGAAUCUAUUGCAUAAUGAACCCAACGCGGUUCGUAUAGCAAGUUUUAACAUUGGAUUAAUAAGUGAUGCAAUCUUAAUAGCAGAUUCCCUACACAGAUGCCAUGAUUGUGGAGGAAUUGAAGUCACUUACAAAUUGAUCAUUACAUGCAUACCCGAUGAAAUCCUAGCGUUGAAGGGUAAAUUUUUAGCCCAUUCCAAGAUCGGUGAAAUAACACUGUGUGAUUCACUAAAAUUGAAUCGUAAACAUAGAUUCGUUGACAGGAUUUGUCUCUUGGAUUACGAUACCCUAAGCGAUUACAAGAAACGUCCUCAUUUAGGCAAAGAAGGGUAUCCUUCUAAUACUAAAAGACCCAAAUGGGAGUAA